CAACGCGGAAUCAACAGUAACUGUUCGCUCUUCAUUUCAAAAACUUGUUGUAAAAAAUCAGUUUUCAACAGUUCUAAAACCAAAAUGAGUAAAAAGCGGAAGCAUGCCGACGAAGAGCAAGGAAGGGAGGCCUACGAUCUACCGGCCAAACAUAUGAACUCCUCUCACAUUAGAUCAAACGAACGCAGACUUGUCGUCAUUCUGGAAGGAGCUCAGUUGGAAACGGUGAAGGUCGGUCAGGUGUUUGAACUGCUCAACUGUGACGAUCACCUAUCCAUUUUGAAGAGAAACAACCGGGAUCCGGGUAGUUGCCGCCCGGAUAUCACCCACCAGUCCCUGCUGAUGCUUAUGGAUUCCCCACUGAAUCGUGCCGGGUUGCUGCAGGUUUAUGUAAAAACGGAGAAAAAUGUACUGAUAGAGAUCAAUCCACAGACGAGAAUUCCGCGAACAUUCAGGCGAUUUGCCGGAUUAAUGGUUCAACUGCUGCACAAAUUCAGUAUAAAGGCCAACGAUUCGUCUAAGAAGCUAAUGCGCGUAAUCAAAAACCCAAUCAGUAAUCAUCUUCCGGUGGGGUGUCGCAAGUAUGCCAUGUCGUUCAGCGCUUCGGAAGUGAAGCAUCCUCGUGAGCUGGUGCCGAAGGUGGACGAACCGGUGGCUCUGGUAGUGGGUUCUUUUGCACACGGUCAACUGAACGUGGAUUAUACCGAAGGAAAUUUUUCCAUUAGCAAUUAUCCACUGUCGGCAGCGCUUGCCUGCACGAAGCUUUGCUCAGCCUUUGAAGAGGCCUGGGGUAUAAUAUAAGCGACUUUUGUUUGUAGUGA